AUGUACAAGAUGAUGGUUGAUCAAUUCGGUGCGGACUCUGAUCAAGUCAAAGAUUACGUUAAUGGUUUGCAGUUGAUUUCUAGAGACCAUGCGAGGACUCCAUUCCCAUGGACAUCCGAGGCUCCAUAUGCUGGAUUCACAGACGGCAAGGAACCAUGGUUCCCUUUAACUGAGACUUUCCAAGAAGGUAUCAACGCCGAAGAUGAGCUGAAAGACCCAAAGUCUGUUUUCAAUUUUUGGAAGACGGCUAUUGAAGUCAGAAAGACACACAAGGAUGUAUUGAAUUAUGGAUAUGACUUCACCUUUGUUGACCAUGCUAACGAGAAACUCUUUGCUUUCACUAAGAAGUACGGAGAGAAGGUAUUGUAUGUGGUGUUGAACUUCAGCAAAGAAGAGAUUGAGUUCAGCUUCUUGGAAGGUUACAACUCUUAUGACUACAUUUUCGGUAAUUAUCCAGAGGCCGAAAUCGACACUGGAUCUAACAAGUUACAGCCAUGGGAAGGUAGAUUUUACUAUGCCAAUUGA